CCGCCGCCCGGAGCGCAGCAUGUGCGGAAUCUUUGCUUACCUGAACUACCAUGUUCCCCGGACAAGACGGGAGAUCCUGGAGACCCUCAUCAAAGGGCUCCAGCGGCUGGAGUACCGAGGAUAUGAUUCUGCAGGUGUGGGAAUUGAUGGAGGAAAUGACAAAGACUGGGAAGCUAAUGCUUGUAAAAUCCAGCUCAUCAAGCAGAAAGGGAAGGUGAAGGCCCUGGAUGAAGAGGUUCACAAGCAACAGGAUAUGGAUCUUGACAUUGAGUUUGAUGUACAUCUUGGAAUUGCACAUACCCGCUGGGCUACCCAUGGGGAGCCCAAUCCUAUCAACAGCCACCCGCAGCGCUCGGAUAAAAACAACGAAUUCAUCGUCAUCCACAAUGGCAUUAUAACCAACUACAAGGACCUGCGGAAAUUCCUGGAAAGCAAAGGAUAUGAUUUUGAGUCCGAGACCGACACAGAAAGUAUUGCAAAGCUGGUCAAAUACAUGUACGAUAAUCGUGAAAGUGAUGACAUUAGCUUCACCACCCUUGUGGAGAGGGUUAUCCAGCAACUGGAAGGUGCUUUUGCUCUCGUGUUCAAAAGUGUUCAUUAUCCCGGUCAAGCAGUUGGUACCAGGCGAGGCAGCCCCCUGCUCAUCGGAGUGCGCAGUGAGCACAAGCUCUCCACUGACCACAUCCCAAUCCUGUAUAGGACCGGUAAAGACAAGAAGGGAAGCUGCAACCUGUCCCGUGUUGACAGCACCACCUGCCUUUUCCCCGUUGAGGAGAAAGCCGUGGAGUACUACUUCACUUCCGACGCUAGCGCUGUCAUUGAGCACACCAACAGAGUGAUCUUCCUGGAAGACGACGACGUAGCAGCUGUGGUUGAUGGACGUCUUUCCAUCCACCGCAUUAAACGCACGGCAGGCGAUCACCCGGGCCGCGCCGUCCAGACCCUGCAGAUGGAACUGCAACAGAUCAUGAAGGGUAACUUCAGUUCGUUUAUGCAGAAGGAAAUCUUUGAACAGCCAGAAUCUGUUGUUAAUACAAUGAGAGGAAGGGUCAAUUUUGACGACUACACUGUAAAUCUUGGCGGGUUGAAGGAUCACAUUAAGGAGAUUCAGAGGUGUCGUCGCUUAAUCCUCAUUGCCUGUGGGACGAGCUACCAUGCUGGAGUUGCGACUCGUCAGGUUCUGGAAGAACUGACAGAAUUGCCUGUUAUGGUGGAACUAGCCAGUGACUUCCUGGACAGAAACACUCCUGUCUUCAGAGAUGAUGUUUGCUUUUUCAUCAGCCAGUCAGGUGAGACUGCGGAUACUUUGAUGGCCCUUCGCUACUGCAAGGAGAGAGGAGCCUUAACUGUAGGAAUAACCAACACGGUUGGCAGCUCCAUCUCACGAGAGACGGACUGUGGAGUCCAUAUCAACGCAGGCCCCGAGAUUGGGGUUGCCAGUACGAAGGCCUACACCAGCCAGUUUGUUUCUUUGGUGAUGUUCGCGCUCAUGAUGUGCGAUGACAGAAUUUCCAUGCAGGAAAGGCGCAAGGAGAUCAUGCGUGGCCUGAAGGGGCUGCCAGACUUGAUUAAGGAAGUGCUGAGCAUGGAUGACGAGAUCCAGAAGCUGGCAACAGAGCUCUACCAUCAGAAGUCUGUUCUCAUUAUGGGACGGGGCUACCACUAUGCGACAUGUCUUGAGGGAGCUUUGAAAAUUAAAGAAAUUACCUACAUGCACUCCGAAGGGAUAUUGGCCGGUGAGCUGAAGCACGGCCCUCUUGCGCUAGUGGACAAACUGAUGCCUGUGAUCAUGAUCAUCAUGCGAGAUCACACGUACGCCAAGUGCCAGAACGCUCUGCAGCAAGUGAUUGCGCGGCAGGGGCGACCUGUAGUGAUUUGUGAUAAGGAAGACAUUGAGACGAUUGAGAACAACAAGCGAACGAUCAAGGUUCCCCACUCGGUGGACUGUCUGCAGGGCAUCCUCAGYGUUAUCCCCCUCCAGCUUCUGGCCUUCCACCUCGCGGUGCUCAGAGGCUACGACGUUGAUUACCCAAGAAAUCUGGCCAAGUCCGUAACUGUAGAGUGAAAGAUCAUCUGAAUCAUAGGGGCAAAGGGGAAUUAAAUGAAAGACUUUUUUUGGUACCAAAAUAACUUGAUUUUAAAGUCCCCUAGGUAAAUCUUAUUUUGCUAAAUCAUCGUUUGUGUAUGAGAUCACCGCAAUUCCAUUACAUUAGUGAUUGUCAAAUUGAUUCCACAUGCUAUAUCAAUAGCUUUGGGUUUUCCAAACACUAGACUUUCAUGAAAGGUGUUAAAUGGUUUUCUUUAAAGAUUUCUGAGUCUUCUAGGUAAGGGGCCCUCCGCUUUACUUUAAGAUAAUGUCACUGUUUCUUACCCAGUGUGGCUCAUUCCUGUUGCUGAACAGAGACCGUUGAGUGAACGACCUGCUGUGCUCUCGGGCGGUAAAGCAGGAGGGCAGAACAUGCAGCUGGAACAAAAGCUGUUCCUGCUCAGGCUCGUGCAGAUACCUUAGCAGCGAACAAAGUUGGAACAAGUGUUUGGGUCAAUCUCUGCCUCUUUCACAAGAGAAUUCAGCUGAUUUGUCAGCCUGCCUCAGUCUGGGGCACUUGGUAAAUGGGCUUAAACAAAAAGAAAAGAACAAGUUGAGUUCCAUCAAAAGGAUUUUAAUCUAUGCCAAAUACCCAGCAGCUGACAAUCUGGUAGGUUCAGUGGGCCAAAAAGCAGAUCCCGUCCCUAGCUGUGCCCAGCRCUGCGGUGGAGCUCGCUCCCACAGCGUCCCUUGCACGGGGCUGCCUCCCAAGGCGGGAGGAGAAAGAGGAGUACGGGAGCGCUCGGGUUUGGUGCCAUGCAAGUCUGGGGGAUGAAGUUUUCACCCCUCUGAGCACGGUGGCAUUUGAAGCAAAUGGCAGCGAGGUGGCUCUGUCCUGCAGCCCGUUCCUGUUGGGGACGGGGACGGUGCUGCCUGGGCUCUGCCUGGCCAGCGGCACCAGCUCGUCCCUGUGGAGGCUUUGUCCCCGUGAGCGAGUUCCCCGGCAGCUGCACAAGGCUCUGCCCAGGGCAGCUCCUGCAGCUCCCUGUGCCGCUGGUGCUGCCGGCUGCCCCGAGCGGAGGAGGGAAGGGCCGUCCCGAGCAGGGGAGCUUCCUGCCGGCUUGCAUGGAGCUUGUCCCGCACAUGGGCCUUGCUCUGCGCUGCCUCCUGCCCGCGGGUGUGUUUCCUAACGGCCCGUUGCCUUUGGAGUUAGUUCUGUGCAGUGAGAACAAGGCAUGAAAUGAUACCUGGCAAACAGGAGAGGAUGUGGGCGGCUACUGUCCCUGAAGAAUGGCUUUAAAUAUAGAGUGUUUGGACUGAUUAGACUGUCCUGAACCAUUUGAGAAGCGGUUCCUCCGGACAGGGGAUGAGACCCCUGCUCAGUAGCCCAGGCAGCUCCCACCAUGAAGACAGUUGCUCCGUGUUGUUCCUAUGACUGUGGCAAUUCUGUUUUGUGUAUGUUGAAGGAACCUACGUAACUUCGACUCCAGAUCAGUUCCUAGCUUAGUUUUAUAAUGUUAAGGAGAAAAAAAUUACUGUGCCUGGAAAUAGCUUCUUAAACUGAUCCAUGUAUGUUUACUGAUGUGUUGUGUGCAGACUGUUGCUUAAUGAAUGGGCUGUGCUGCCAGUGUCUGUGCAAGAACAAAGUAGUGAAUGUUGCCUUGUGUUUGUCCUGCAUUUGCUCACGAGAGGUGUCGCCUCCGGGCCUCGGCUGAGCCGCACAGACGUCCGCAGCGCUUCAGGAAGAGGCUUUCGAGGGCAGGCAGAGUCUGCUCUGUGUCCGAGGACAUUCCCUCCUCCUGCUUGUGCCCAGCCUGGAGAAGGGGACCAGGAACCGUAACGCAGAGGGGCUGAAUGGAGGCCGGGGCCCCGCACACUCCAGCGCAAGGAUGUGCAGCCUGGACCCCACGGAGGGCAGCGCAGAUGAAGCCCUGCAGGUUGUUCAGGCUCUGCCUCCCAGCUGGCUCAGAAGGAAAGAGUGAGCGCUGCCCAGACGUGGCCUUGGCUGGAGCCUUGCAAGCCAGGAAGGCCCCUGAUAAUGUGGUGGCAAACAGCAGCGCUGCCCUGUGAGUCACACGGGAAGUGUUGGAUACGGCCCGCGCUGAGGUAUUUGCAGAAACCUGUUGUGUGCAAAAAGGACCAAAGAUGAGGAGGCAAAGUUAGAAGUGUCAAGCUGACACAGUGCAGGCACCUGUACAGAUACUGCUGAGUUACUUGGUUUGAUGCUGUGCUAGACAAAUGCUUACGUUUUGACAUUUAAGGCAUUAAAACGCGUGAUGGAGUCUUCCUUUGCCAGCAAAAAGGUGUUUCCCUGCAAACUGCUCGCUGCCUGAGACGGCCUGGCCUCCACCUGCCAAAGCCGAGCUUUAGCUCCUGCUCCCAGUGAGACCGCGGCAUGUGGCAGCGCUCGGUGUCAAACAAGCUGUGGGGCGGGGUAGGGAAUCUGUAAAGCAGCUUCUUGUUAAGGGCUGAGCAUCAAGUGGGAAUGUGCGAGGGACUCCCGCCUUUCCUUGCCUCGUUCUGCCCAGCCUGUCGCCUUCUCCUGAACAGAUGCUCUUUUCCCCCAGGCAACUUCUAGAACGUCUCGUGCUAUUUAUUAACAGCCAGUCAGUCUCCUGCUCUCUGGGAUGAAUGUUUUGCUUCCUGAGCCAGUCACCUUCCCUCCUUCCUAUCUGGGUGUUUAAAAAUGUAGUCGCUCUGCCCUAAAAUUGAGCCACAGGUAAAUGCAGACACAGGGUUUCCCCCUUGGCAAUGGCAGCAGCCUUUUCUUGCACGCAGCAGCCGACAUUCUCUGGAGUCGAGCACCUCCUCGCCUCAUCUCUGUCCAUAGCAGCUUAACUUGAUACAGCUGUAGUUGUUUUUUAAUUACCAAAGCACAGGUACUUUUGAGCUCAGUGCAGGUUGUUCCUGCCUUAGCAAUGCAGUUCCAACCUCUUACUGAGUUUAUUCCACAACAGUAGGAAUUUAAAUCAUACACAGGCAUGUAAUUUGGUCAGGAAGUUUUUCUUCUUUCAUUCUAGCUCCACUCAACAAAGGCCUUGGCUUUACUGGCUGAAUAAAUACUGGCCAUAAAGGUGCCCGUGCGUGGGUAAGCGCCUCAGCGUUUUGCAGCCUCUCUAGUGGUUUUAUUUAUCUUGGGAGCAUUGAGGACUGUGGGACACCCGUCCAGCCCCGUGAUCCUCCAGCCUCAUCCCUCUUAUCUAUAAAGAGCCAUAUUAGCGAAAGCUUGAAAUUGACCAUUCCCGAGUGGAGCAGGAGGGAUCUCAUGCCCUAAUUCAGUGAGAUUGCAGGAGCCUUGGACUGGCCUAGACAAACUGGGCUUGGUUAAACUUGGAAUACCUCCCAGUGUAAGCCUAAUACUGAGAUACUAAUAUAAAAUUAGUUUUUUCUCCCUUCCUUGCAGUCAGUGGCAGCUCUUCACCCAGGUACGUGCCUGGCAACAGAAGAGAAGACAGGAUUUAAGCCUGGCCCUAACUAGUCUGUCAGU